ACUUCGUUCCCGCGCCUUCCCCUUCUUCUCUCACACUCACCCUCUUACCUCUCUCCUCUGGCGCUCUAUAUUUCCCUCUCCCUCUCCCCCUCCCCCUCACUACAUUUCACCUGUAGCUAUAGACUUUACUUGAGACGAUCUAAAACAAGGAAGUGGGGACCCACGCGAGUAGAGUAAGAUGGACGAGCGGCCGGAGACGGACUUGAUAUCUAUACCGGCUACGCCGGAGACGCAGACGCCGUCGGGGCAGAGGUCGCCGAGGCUGACGUUGAAGGAGGCGAAGUCGUCGAACGCCUGGACUCCGACGUCGCUGAUAUCGCCAAGGUUCCUGAGCCCCAUAGGGACGCCGAUGAAGAGGGUGCUCAUAAACAUGAAGGGUUACUUGGAGGAGGUGGGCCACCUCACGAAGCUGAACCCUCAGGAUGCGUGGCUUCCCAUCACGGAGUCGCGCAAUGGAAAUGCUCAUUACGCUGCGUUUCACAACCUCAAUGCCGGGGUCGGCUUCCAAGCCUUGGUUUUGCCCGUUGCUUUCGCUUAUCUCGGCUGGAGUUGGGGAAUUCUUUCCUUAACGAUUGCAUAUUGUUGGCAGCUUUACACUUUGUGGAUUCUGAUACAGCUACACGAAGCAGUUCCAGGAAAAAGGUAUAACAGGUAUUUGGAGCUUGCACAAGCAGCAUUUGGGGAAAAGUUAGGCGUAUGGCUUGCACUCUUCCCUACUAUUUAUCUGUCCGCGGGAACAGCAACUGCUUUAAUUCUCGUGGGUGGAGAGACCAUGAAACUGUUCUUCCAAAUAGUUUGUGGUCCCGCUUGUACCUCUAAUCCUUUGACUACAGUGGAGUGGUACCUCGUUUUCACUUCUCUGUCCAUUGUUCUGUCUCAGCUUCCAAACCUGAAUUCAAUUGCAGGCCUCUCCCUUGUAGGGGCUGUCACUGCCAUCACUUACUCCUCCAUGGUCUGGCUUCUCUCGGUGAGCCAGCCUAGGCCACCCUCCAUCUCUUACCAUCCCCUUUCUUUAUCAUCCUCUUCUGCUUCGGCCUUUUCUGCCCUGAAUGCUCUUGGAAUUGUAGCCUUCGCUUUCAGAGGCCACAACUUGGUCCUAGAAAUUCAGGCAACAAUGCCAUCAACCUUUAAGCACCCAGCUCACGUGCCGAUGUGGAAAGGAGCCAAGGUUGCUUAUUUCUUCAUCGCAAUGUGCCUCUUCCCAGUGGCUAUAGGUGGCUUUUGGGCCUAUGGUAAUCUCAUGCCUUCAGGAGGGAUGCUGAGCGCUCUAUACGCAUUUCACAGUCAUGACAUUACAAGAGCGCUACUGGCAUUGACUUUCCUUCUGGUUGUGUUUAACUGCUUGAGUAGCUUCCAAAUAUACUCGAUGCCGGUGUUUGACAGUUUCGAAGCAGGGUACACCAGCAGAACAAAUCGUCCAUGCUCCAUAUGGGUGAGAUCAGGAUUCCGAGUAUUCUAUGGAUUUGUCAACUUCUUCAUAGGAGUGGCCCUUCCCUUCCUCUCUAGCCUUGCUGGUUUGUUAGGAGGACUCACUCUUCCAGUCACCUUUGCAUAUCCUUGCUUCAUGUGGGUCCUCAUAAAACAGCCAACUAAAUAUAGCUUCAAUUGGUAUUUCAACUGGAUUCUGGGUUGGUUGGGGGUUGCUUUUAGCUUAGCCUUCUCGAUAGGAGGUGUCUGGAGCAUGGUCAACAGUGGACUCAAGUUCAAAUUUUUCAAACCCACUUGAAUUUCUUCAGCUCCUUUCUAAAUGGCGUCCGCCAAAAGAGAGAAGGAUGCUUAUAUGAUAUGUUGAAAGGAAGAGUACUGGCUAUGCCGUCCACGUAGCAUCUUGUGCAGCGUUACCUUUCCAUCUUACUCAUUCCUUUUCUUUUCACAUGCGCAAGUGUAAGGAUGAUUUUAGCUGAAAAUGACAAGCAGACAUAUCUUUAAUUGUAA